GAGUGAGCUGCUAUCAGCUGUCCAUGCAACGAUAUGCGAUAUGGUCACUUGGCUAACUUACAAAAAUACAUAACAAAAUGCUUGGACGGAGUGAAUGGACUUGACAGGUUACGGUUGCAGACAGAUAUUUGGGUAAAAGUAGGCUUCUUAUUGGCUAUGAGUGUUUAUAAUGGAGGAUGGUCAAGGUGGGGACUUGGACUACCUGAUCCAAGAUGAGGACACCAUCAUUGAGGGUGUUAGCAACCAGGUUUUGUUUGUAGUGGUUGUCAGUUUCACAUUGCUUGCAGGCAUCUUCACUUUGCUCUGCAGACAGGAAGAGCAGAAUAUCCAUCCUGAAAAUCAGGAGCACGUUCGAGCUGUCCGACAGCAGCUCCAAACUGAGCAGGAUGAAAAUCCGCAGGCAGAGGCUAGACAGCAGUAUUACACAGACAUGUCUUGCCCUGUGUGUUUACAGCAGGCUGUGCUGCCUGUGGAGACCAACUGUGGACACCUUUUCUGUGGCUCCUGCCUUAUAGCUUAUUGGAGGUACGGCACCUGGCUGGGUGCGAUCAACUGCCCAAUCUGCAGACAAAUGGUAACACUUCUGUUCCCGUUAUUUCACGAGCACGCCGCUCCUCAGAGGGUUCAGGACGGCGAGGCCGAACCUCAGCUUAUAUUACGAGACAUCAACGAUUACAACCGAAGAUUUUCUGGUCAGCCAAGAUCUCUUAUGGACAGGCUGCGGGACGUCCCCACCCUGCUCCGUCAUGCCUUCAGGGAGAUGUUUUCUGUGGGCGGACUCUUCUGGAUGUUCCGGAUUCGAAUCCUUCUCUGUCUCAUCGGUGCCAUCACCUACCUGGCCUCGCCACUCGACAUUCUCCCGGAAGCUCUUUUCGGCCUUCUGGGCUUCAUGGACGACUUCUUUGUGAUCCUCCUCCUGUUUGUGUACAUCUCUAUCAUGUACAGAGAAGUGGUUACGCAGAGGCUUAACGGCUAGGCCCACAUACAGAAACGGGGGACAAAAGAGAGAUGAAUAUCUGAGAAGAGUUUGUUAAAAAAUAUUGGGUUUUCUCAGAGGGCUUCACUUAAAUUAAAUGGACCACGAGCGUCUGACUGGACAGAGGUUAGCAAAACAUUGUGAACAUCAGAUGUUGUUACAAAGGUUCUCAUUGACAUUUACAAGGCAAAGGAUUUCAGGCAAACAAGUUACGAUCAAAUGAACAUGUAUGAACAAUGUACUGCUUCAAAAUUUACCCAUUUAAAAAAAAAAUACAAAUCUUAAGUAAUGUGAUUAUCAACAUAACAUGGACAACUGUGCAAUACAAUGACGUCUUGAAAGUCUUGUAUUUAUGGGUUCAUAUGUAAUGAUUCCAUCUUAAUUUUCACUUCAAAGAACAAGUGUCGAAUGGUAAAAGAGUUCCUGUUUGAGCUUGUUGUCAUCACAAUGACGUGUAACUAUGCAUAUUUUAUGAUAACUUGGGAAAGCAGAGCUUGUUGAACCGGUUGGAAAAAUUCUCUGAAUAAUCUUUUUAAGCAACAAUUUAAAUUCAGUAAUCAAAACCUGCUUCCUGCAUGCAUACAGGGAAAAUACAAACAGGUAAUUCUGGACAAUUUUGAAUGUAAAUCGUCUAAAAAUGAAUGUGAAGUCAUUUCUGUUAAGUUUACUUUGACAUUCUGUUGUGAAAAGUAAAUUUGGUUUGAGCUAUGGAAUCAGAUGGUCAAUUCUUCAACAGUUUGCUUCCUUUUGUAUUCAGUACACUGUUGGCAUUAGCAUGUACAAUGCAGAUCUUUUUUUAAUUAUUUGUAAAUAGUUUCAUCAGUGGUACAGGUGUAUUAUCUUCAGAUGAUGAAAUGACAUGUCUGUGUGCUACUGAAGAGCACCGUCUCAGUUUAAAUCCACACAGACCAACUGUUUUCCUUUCAAAAGUCACAUGAAUUGGCAUUGUUUGCAAAAGAUCUUAAAGUCAUAUUUUAUUACAAUAUGAUGAAUAUUAAAACAAUUUUGAACUUUCGAUUCAAGUACAUUUACUGAGUAGGAAAAAAAAUCUGUGUUUCAAGAAUGAAUUGCUUUUAACAAAUCUCCAGUGUAACGAUCAAUACUUUGCACAGCCUUCAAUACAUUUACUCCUAUUAAACUCAUAAUAUUUCACAAUGUUGGAACAUCUCCAAAUAGUAACUAGAAUCUGUUUUAUGCCCUCAUCAGCUUUUCUAUAUGAUUAAGGUAUGUGGAACGACAUGGCUGUGGACGGAGGCUGGUGUUUUCUGCUUUUCUGAUUUUUGCAUCACCUCGUU